AUGAGGCUAUCCUCCAUCUUAAUCUUCCUUACUCUCGGGGUAAUUCCCAGUCAAGGGCAUUAUGCGCCACCGAUCGACCAUGAGAAUAGAGACAAACAGGACCUUGGGCGUCUUGUUGAAGACAUACAGGCCAAAGUUUUCAAGUUUCUCGAUAAUAGGGAGGCUGAACUUGAUGCAAGAAAUGAGAGUACUCAAUGUACAACAAAGAACAUUGUUUUCCGCCGCGAAUACGGAUCUCUUACUGAGGCCGAAAGAUUAGACUACAUCAAUGCUGUGAAGUGUCUUCAGAAGUUAUCGCCACGCUCUCCCGCGAGUGUGGUGCCUGGAGCGAGGUCUCGAUAUGAUGACUUUGUUGCGGCGCAUAUCCAGCACACGCUGUCUAUACACCUCACCGGCAAUUUUCUACCAUGGCAUCGCUGGCUUAUACACGAAUAUGAGCGUGCAUUGCGUGAGGAAUGUGGCUACAAUGGCUACCAGCCUUAUUGGGACUGGCCCAAAUAUUCCUCGGCGCCAGAAAAAUCUCCCAUCUUCAACGGUGAUCCCUACAGCUUGGGUGGGAAUGGAGACUUUAUUCCUCACGACGGACGUAUCCGCCAGUCACCGAAAAAUCUCCCUAUCGCUGGACUCGGAAUGUGGGUGCCUCCCGGCCUUGGGGGCGGUUUUGUUACCACAGGGCCAUUCGCCAAUAUGACAGUCAAUCUCGGUCCAGGCGACAGCGUGGUAUAUAAUCCUCGACGUUUCAAGCGAGAUAUUGGCCCGUUCCAUAACACUCGCUUCGCUAACUAUACUACUAUAUUAAACAUACUACGACAGCCAAAUAUUGAAGAAUUUCGGUAUCAAGUAGAAGGUGUGCCCUACAGCAGCGAGAUCGUUGGUCCUCAUAUCGCUGGACACACUACUAUCGGCGGCGAUCCUGGGGCCGAUAUAUAUGCCUCCCCUGGCGAUCCAGCAUUUUAUGUGCACCACACAAUGGUAGACCGAAUUUGGACGAUUGAUCCUGAGAUACGGCAUAAAAAGCUAGGGGGCGAGGAAUAUGGGCACAUCACCUGGGCAAACACGCCCCCUUCGAGGGAGACGAAGCUGAGUGACAUUAUCGACUUGGGGUAUGCUAGCAAGUCUAUACAGAUUGAACAUGUUAUGAAUACUCUGUCUGGGCCAUUUUGCUACUUUUACCUGUAGUUAGCCGGUAGACGACGAUGAAAA